AUGGCGUUGGACGAGUCGUUCAAGAGGCCGGGCACCGUGCCGUUCAAGUGGGAGGUGCAGCCGGGCAUCCCCAAGCAGCAGCAGCAAGACCCAGCAGGUACAGCCUGCGACGUCCCUCCAGCGACUACUCCGAGGCUGGCGCUUCCUCCCGCAGCCCGGGUCGGCGCGCUGGCCCCCGCGUCGUGCCGGCGGGCCUCCUCGUCGGUCGCGUCGGCCCCGCUCUCGCCGCCGCCCCCGCAGCCGUCGCCGUCGCACCGGCGGUCCAUGUCCGCGCGCUUCGCCACGUCGCUGGCGCUGAUGCCCUUGCCCUUCACGCGGCGGGGACGGGGAGGAGGAGGAGGACGCGCCGGAGCCGCCAAGGACGCCGCCGCCGAAUUCUGCCUGCUGUACGCCGAGAAUAAGAUGGUUUAA